CUUUCCUUGCUAUAAAAUCUUCAGCCGCUUCCCAGGAAACUAGGGCUUCUUCUUCUUCUUCGUCUUUCAGUAUCGGAAUUGGCUGAAUUGAGAGACAUCCGAGAUGAGUAAGCUUCAGAGUGAUGCCCUUAGAGAAGCCAUCUCGACAAUUAAGGGAAAAUGCGAGGAAAAGAAACGUAACUUUGUGGAGACAAUUGAGCUCCAGAUUGGUCUGAAGAACUAUGAUCCCCAGAAGGACAAGCGUUUCAGCGGCUCUGUCAAGUUGCCUCACAUCCCCCGCCCGAAAAUGAAGAUUUGCAUGCUUGGAGAUGCCCAGCAUGUGGAAGAGGCUGAGAAAAUGGGUUUGGACUACAUGGAUGUUGAGGCCUUGAAGAAGCUCAACAAGAACAAGAAACUCGUCAAGAAACUCGCAAAGAAGUACCAUGCUUUCUUGGCUUCCGAAUCUGUCAUUAAGCAGAUUCCUCGUCUUCUUGGUCCCGGUCUUAACAAGGCAGGAAAGUUUCCAACUUUAGUGUCCCACCAAGAAUCGUUGGAAUCGAAAGUGAACGAGACGAAAGCAACGGUUAAGUUCCAGCUGAAGAAGGUUCUGUGCAUGGGCGUUGCGGUAGGGAACUUGGCCAUGGAAGAGAAGCAGAUAUUCCAGAACGUUCAGAUGAGCGUAAACUUCCUUGUCUCCCUCCUCAAGAAGAAUUGGCAAAACGUAAGGUGUUUGUACCUGAAGAGCACAAUGGGUCCUCCUCAACGGGUCUUCUGAAGAGUGUUCUUCCAUUGGACGGUACUGUGAUGCUUGAUGGAUUCGUCUUGUUAGCGGCCUGACUAUACAAUCAGUUUAUGUUUGUUUUUUGUUUUUGAUAUCUUUGGAUCAUAAAUGAAUCGCCGUUGGACUUCUAUGAAAAAGGCUUUUUGGGUAUCGACAGAUCGAUCAUACA